ACUUAGCAUUGGCUUGCAUUUAGAAUAGUUUUUGUCGCUUAUCACUGGUUGAUUGAAACUGAUAACGGAAGAUCAAGAUUUCUCGGACGUCUGACCUGAGCCUCUUAUUGCAUUCCACGUGCAUGUACAUCGCGAAAUAGUACAUUGCAGUCGAUGAAGACGAAACAAAUUGUGGCAAUAUGGCACAAUAUAUCAGAAAAGCGACAUUAUUUUUGUUUACUCAGGAAUGUAUAAAGGAGUACUUUGAUAAGUUCAAUUUUUUCCACGUCGGAUGCUUCAAGACAACAUUGAGCAAAGCUCUAGGACUGGGCAUCAUUGGAGGUUCCUUUCUUGUGAAAGUACCUCAAAUUGUAAAAAUUCUAAAAGGUAAAAGUGGCGAGGGAAUCAACAUCUUCAGUAUAUUAUUGGAUUUAUUUGCUAUCACCGCAAUGUCUUCCUAUAGUUUCUGCAGUAGAUUUCCAUUUAGUGCCUGGGGAGAUGGAGUAUUUUUAGGACUUCAAACUUUGAUCAUCGCAAUCCUAGUAAUGCAUUAUAAUGGAGACACAGCGAAAGCAAUCACAUUCCUUUCUACUUAUAUAGCAGUGAUUUCUAUUGCUAAUAGUAGAUUCACACCCAUCAGUGUUCUCUGGGCAUGUCAAGCCAUGAAUAUACCCAUUGUUCUUAUGAGUAAGUUUAUGCAAGCUUAUACAAAUUAUACCAAUGGAAAUACCGGCCAGUUAUCGGCAGCAACAUGUUUCAUGCUGUUCUUCGGUUCUCUUGCCAGAAUUUUUACCUCUAUUCAAGAAACUGGUGAUACCACUAUGAUAUUAAUGUACGUGUGUUCCACUUUAGCAAACGCUGUAAUAGUAACACAGCUUCUUUAUUACUGGAACGUGGAUGUAAAGAGCAAAGAAAAGAUCAAGAAGAAAAGUUAAUGAAAGAAAUAAGAAUGUUUAUAUACAUCUCUCUUGUGUGAUUGAUAAUUUAUGUAGGCCAAUAAAUAACUUAUGGUUACGAUAAAAUUUCGCGUGAAUAUUUCACGAACCAAUGUGAUGAGAGGCGAAUGCCUGAGAAUCACUUUCCAUAAGGAAUAAAUUUUUUAGAAUGUCUGCA